AUGUGGCUGCUGAGAGCUUUCGUCCUGGCAGCUGCUUUCUCUUGUGGCCCUGCACGAGCCUUGCAGCAAAGCCCGGUAUCCAUCACCAAGCCAGAAAGCAAAACGGUGCUCAUCACCUGCCACGUCUCCGUCCCCAACUUUGACAAAGCUUUCAUUCACUGGUACCGCAAGAAGCCUGGGGCAGCUCCCGAGCGCGUUGCCUACAUGGCAUCCAGGCUCUUCCUUGGGAACGAGGCCGAUGGGGGGAAAUUCAGCAUCGAGAAGGACCUGGACAAAUCUGUCUGCACCCUGACGGUGAGCAAAGUCACCCUGCAAGACGCUGCUACCUACUACUGCGCCAGGUGGGAUGCACAGCAGCAGAGAGCCAUAAGCAGCCUGCACAAAGACAUGCUUCGCUUCCUGGACCAGACCCUGAAAGUCCCAAAAACCUCAAGGAACGUGCCCACCCUGCCUCCCCAUCAGCCCCGAACCCAUCAAGCACACUUCUCAGGCAGCCAGGCACCAAAGGCGCUUCGGGGCUGCCGUAGGCAGUGCAGAUGCUCGCUGUGGCUGGUACCAGCAGAGAAGUCAUUUCACUUCAGCAACAAAAAGGGGAUUUCCCCAGGUAUGGCAGGAGAAAGAGAGAACAGGAAGAAGAAAAACUUGGCUGCACAUUUAGCACUGAGCCAGAGGCGAGCGAGCACCAUCGGGAUGCUGCUGCUGCUGGUCCUGACCCUGGCUGCAGCCUGGUCGCGCAUGUUCCCCCUCUCAGGAGGGCAGCGUGUGGAGCAGCAGCAAGCGGCUCUCAUGCAUACGGCUGUGAGCAGGCGGCUGACAGUGCUCGUUGUAUUAUUUUCUCUCCUUCUGUUCGAUGGGCAAGCACAAGUGCUCCUGCAACAGCGUCAGCCAUCUCUCACCAAAAGGACAUCUAUGAUUGCAGUGAUUGAUUGCAAAGUCGAGGGCACAGAUAACUUCCAGGCUGCUUACAUCCAUUGGUACCGACAUAUACCCACCAGGGCUCCCGAACGACUUCUGUAUGUGACCCCAACAGCACAGAUUUCUUACGAGAAGGAUUCCUACAAGGACAAGUACCACUCUUCUAAAAGAGGCAAAAAUACCUGCACUCUAUCAGUCAAAGACAUUCGUGAGGAUGAUGAAGGUACCUACUACUGUGCCUACUGGCAGUCUCACAGAGCGAGAAGAUCGUAG